CUCGGACAAAGAACAGUAAAACCCGUACCCCAAAUUAUAUGCGAUAAAUUACGGGCGUCAGAAAAAGAAUGAAUAAAUGGCAGCGAUAGUUAGAAUGAUGACAUGAGAAGCGCUUCAAAGUCCAACGAAAAAAACAGCCAAAAAUCACAACAAUGGCCGGCAUGCGAUGUCUUCCCGCGGAGGAAUCAGAGCACGCCCAGCCACGCGUUCAGCAGCUCGCUACAACGCCCGAUUUCUUCUCAGACGACGAUCGCUCAAUAGCAGCCGACUCAUGGUCUAUUAAGAGCGAGUAUGGCAGUACGCUUGACGAUGAUCAACGCCACGCCGACGCCGCCGAAGCUCUCUCUGCCGCUCCCUUCAGACCUUACGAUUUUGGUUCAGACAAGGAUGAACAAGAUAAUGAGGUGGAGCCCUCUGUGUUGGGAUUGCAGAGUCACUGGGAUGCUGCAUAUGCAGAUGAACUAGCAAACUUUCAUGAGCAUGGCCAUGUUGGUGAAAUUUGGUUUGGGGUUGAGGUUAUGGAAACUGUUGCUGCAUGGACAGCAAGACUUUGCUCAAGUCUUAAGCAGGGUGGUAAUUUAGAUCACGCAGAUCUGGUGAAUCUGAAAUUAGAGGAGGCAAAUUCAGAUGCAGUCUCUACAGAUCUAGCAAGCUUUAAUGUGCUUGAUGUAGGGACUGGAAAUGGUCUAUUCCUUCAGGCACUUGCAAAGCAAGGGUUUUCAGUUUUGACUGGGUCUGAUUACAGUGAGGGAGCUGUUGAGCUGGCACAAAAUCUUGCCAUUCGGAAUGGUUUUCCCAACAUCAACUUUGUGGUUGAUGAUAUAUUGGAAUCCAAGCUGGAUAGAAAGUUCGAACUUGUCACUGAUAAGGGGACUUUAGAUGCAAUUCGGCUUCAUCCUUAUGGUGCAGAAAAACGGAUUAUGUAUUGGGCAUCUGUUUCAAAGCUGGUGUCUCCUGGUGGUCUUCUGGUAAUCACCUCUUGUAACUGUACAAAGGAUGAACUUAUUGAAGAAAUGAAUGACUACCAUCAGAGUUUAUCUGAUGGUGGUUCAAACUCCAAAGAAGGGAUAGGAUACUCUUCAUCCGUCACUACAAACAGCAGCUCACAGAAUCUGUUCCAGUAUCUUGAUCAUAUUCGGACAUACCCCACUUUUACUUUUGCUGGUGUUGAGGGAACCCGUGUUGCAACUGUUGCAUUCCUUCGCAGUGCAUAGUUCAUCAAGUGUUCAACUCACAGACUACAACCAUUAUAAAAUGCUUGUGACAACUAGCGCUGCUGGGCAUUGUUUCAGUAUCUUGAACAUGUUCAUACGCAUUCACCUUCUUCCUUUUCUUAAAAGGGAACAUGUGUUGUAACUGUUUAAUUUCUUGGCAUUAGCUUUACCCUCACUGAAUGUCUCAAAAUUGUUGUAUUUAGAGGUUUUGAUAGUACAGUUAGGACAUUUAAAUUAUGUUUAAUUAUAAUAUCCAUAAGACUGCUUAAAAUUAAAAUUCUGCCGGAGGAACCAUGGAAUUUGCACAUUUUCAUGUGUUACAGGGAUGAACAUUUCUGGGGGAUGUCUGUGCAAAUGAGACCGAAAAUUCUCCUUUUCCCAAUAUUUUGGUUGACAAGUUCUUUUGAUUUAGCCAUUACAUUGUAAAAUUCCUGACUUAUGACUGACUACGUCUGAAUGAAUCUGAAUGAAUUUGCCCAGAUUUAAUAUAAAUGUAGCAUUUAAUGUAA